AAGUCCCAACACACUAGACAUUCACACACACACUUCAGUGUUCAGUAAAAUAUUUUGUAAUUAUUUCGGUUUGUAAUUGUGGUGUUGCUUAGCUUUGCAGAAUGAGCAGGGAAAUCAGCUUGGCCGAGGUGAAAAAGCAUAACAAAGCCGAUGAUUUGUGGGUGGUGAUCGAGGACAAGGUCUACGAUCUGACCAAGUUUAAGCAGGAGCAUCCUGGCGGCGAGGAUUCGCUGAUAUCUGUGGCGGGUCGCAAUGGCACACGGGAAUUUCUGGAUGUGGGCCACAGCCAGGAAGCCCGUGAGAUAAUGAAGAAAUUUCUGAUUGGCAAUUUGGCAGCCGCCGACAUUAAGAAAAAGGGGGCCGUGGGUUGACAAGCAUGAGCCUGAGCCUGAGCAUGAGCAUGAAAUGUCAGCUAACUUCAUUAUGAGCAAUCAGCGCAUCAUUAUCAUCAUUGAUUGGCUGCGUCAUCUAAUUAACACGUUCCA